AAACAAUGUAUGGUCAUUCAAUCCAAUCAGCUGGGCAAAGGCAGCUCACACAAAAAUGAAUGUAUGGGGUCAGAUUCUGCUCGGUUGCAUGUGUGUAAAUCUAGAGUAACUCCACUGACUUUAAUGAGUUACCCUCAGUUUACGUCCUUAUGAAAUCAGAAUCUAGUCCAUACACCAAAACACGAAGGCAAGAGAGAGAUUUAUUCCCUGUACUAGGUAUUCUGCAGGAAAUAUCCUGCCUGAUUGUCAUUACCAGGGUCACAUAAUAUAUCUAGUUCAUAGCCCUGGGACCAUUGGACUUGCACCCUGGUUAGCUGUUUUUUUGAUGCAUAAACAGGGUCUGAAAGAUUUGUUUUCUCUACUUGUUUUUCAUUUUAGACAUAUAGAUUUUUGUCUACUUUAAAAGACAGCAGGUCCCUGGAGAAAGAGUAGAAUUAUGGCAGCACAAGAAGCAAAAGCGAGUCCCAGAAAGAAAGGGGGGUAUUCACUCCAAUGGCUUGAAAUUGUAUUUUGGGUCAUAUCUAUUUAACUUCAAUAACCAACAUUCUUUCUCCAAAAUGUUCAUCUUUGUUAACGAUUCAACAUCUCUGCCACUUCACUUGCUAUGUGCGUGCUCCUAAUAGGCUUCUCCACCAAAAUCAGGGAAAACCAGACUUAAUAUUCUUGACAUUUGUAAAGAUUAAAAAAAAAAUUAAAAAGGAGGGUGAGAAAUGAUCCCUCCAGAUCUUCUUUAUGAAGCCUAAAGCAAGAAGAAAAACACAAACAAAAUAAAUCCUUUCCUACUUGCUUUAAAUAAAACCAGUCUCUAGCUCAGCUGAUGUGGAAACUCCCAAAAAACAGCUGCUUGGUUGCUCUAAAUGACAUCCAUUAGACUAAACUGGGUCGUGCCAGAACUCCCUGGAUGACGAAUACUUGCUGGUUUUGGUGCUGAUAUCUGGAUGAAGCACAAGUGGAAGCUUGUGGAAUUAGGAUUUGCUGUCCCCUGCUGGGAACCGCUGGGAUGUUUCUUUCUACAAUAGUCCAUGUAUUUGGGUUUCUUUAAAGCUCUAUAUGCUGUUACAGAUACUUAAAAUAGAAGCAAAUAAAGCAAGUUACAAAAGCUUCCCCAAUUGGCCCUGAAAAACGAAUUCCUUUGUUAAAAUAAAAUAUUUGUUUAAUUGCUAUAGCAGAUUCACAAGUCUGUCUAGAGAGUUAGUUUUGAUCAGGUUUGAGUAAUUGAGUAAUUCUGAUGCAGAUGCAUCCAGAGUUGGUCUGACUACCUUUGCAGGUCAGCUAGGAUCUUGGAAAAUUGCUUGUCUGAACCAUUAGCUAUCAUGCAACUAUUGCAGUUUAGAAACAGUUAUUUUGCAUAGUGGUUCCCUCUGACCACCCUUGGAAAUCCUAGAUCCACUACUGGUCACCAGGGCAAGAACAGGGGCUGUAGCCAGUAAGUGUGUGUGGACGGGUGGUGGUAGGAAGUGACGCUUUCCUUUCAAAGGUGCUAAGAAGAGAAAAGGGACCGUCUGGUUUCAAACAGGAAGUAGAUAUGGGAUGAAGUGUGCAAUGUGAUAAUGCUGAAAUUCACAUGGGUUUGGUCACGCUGCACCACUAGGAGUCACAGCAGGAAAGACAUGUUGAUUUACAGCUCUCCAGUUUAAUGAGCUGAGAGAGCAGGAAUUGCAAAGUGGCGGGAAGUGCACAGCCCAACAAGGAGGCUUGGGCUGGAAAGCCCUGCCUUUCUCUGUCCCUUCAAGAGGCAGCAGCUGGAAGCUGUCAGCCGUCAAACACAGGCAACCUCUCACAGCCAUCCAGGGUUGACUGGCUCAGCGAGGUGUGAUGCAGUUCAUUAUGGAGGUGCCUCUUCAAAUGCUUUCACCCUGAAAAGCACUGGGGAGAAUCUGAAGAAUCAUAGCAGUCUCUGGACGGCUGCUGUUGAUGGCUUUUCUUUCCAUCCCUUUGCUGAUUAAAUCGAGGGCCUGCCUUCUCUGCAACUCUGCCACAGGACUUUGAGAGAAGAGUUCAGCCAUAGAUAAGAAGACGGGGGAGAAAGUGGCCAUCAAGAAGCUGUGCCGACCAUUCCAGUCCGAGAUCUUUGCCAAGAGAUCAUACAGAGAGCUCAUGCUUCUGAAACACAUGCAACAUGAGAACGUCAUUGGGUUGCUUGAUGUCUUCACCUCAGCCACCUCCUUCAAUGGAUUCCAGGACUUCUACCUGGUGAUGCCGUACAUGCGGACAGAUUUACAAAAGAUCAUGGGACAUGAGUUCAGUGAUGAAAAGAUCCAGUACCUGGUCUACCAAAUGCUGAAAGGUUUGAAGUACAUUCAUUCUGCUGGAAUCAUUCACCGGGACCUGAAGCCAGGCAAUCUGGCUGUCAACGAAGACUGUGAACUAAAGAUCUUGGACUUUGGCUUGGCGAGACACGCAGAUGCUGAGAUGACUGGCUAUGUUGUGACGCGUUGGUACAGAGCACCAGAAGUCAUUCUGAACUGGAUGCAUUACAACCAGACCGUGGAUAUCUGGUCUGUUGGUUGUAUCAUGGCAGAAAUGCUGACUGGGAAAACCCUGUUUAAAGGAAAAGAUUAUCUAGAUCAGCUGACCCAGAUCUUGAAAGUAACCGGACUCCCAGGAGAGGAGUUUGUGCAGAAACUGGAGGACAAAGCGGCUAAGAAGUAUAUCCAGUCCCUUCCCAAGAUUCCCAAAAUGGAUUUAUCCCGGCUUUUCUCCAAAGCCAAUCCUCUGGCGGUGGACCUGCUCGACAAGAUGCUGCAGCUGGAUGUGGGAAAGCGUCUCACGGCCACAGAAGCUCUGGCCCAUGCAUAUUUUGACCAAUUCCGAGACGUUGAGGAGGAGACGGAGGCCCAGCAGUCCUACGACGAUUCCUUGGAGCACGAGAAGCUUUCCAUGGAUGAGUGGAGAAGGCAUACUUACCAGGAGAUUCAGUCCUUCAGCCCGAUUGCCCGGAAGGACUCCAAGAGGCGGAGUGGUUUGUCACUGUAGUGGCUGGGCCGGCCAAGGUUGGGGCUCACUCCCUCUGCUGGGUCACCAAGGAGGAUGCCUAUCAGGAUUUGGACCACCCCAGGGCCAGAUAUUUAUCAGCAUGGGGGUGUGGAACUUCUGUACAUGUGUGGAACAGAAGGAUGUUGAAUACCCAAGAGUGUUGGGCUUUGUCCUGUGGGAGGAAACUGCACCAGAUACAUCUUUCAGUGCCAAAGAUUAAUGUAUUUCUCAUUAAAACCUCAAGUAGUAGAAUUGUA